GACGCCACCAGGCCGGCGGUUUUUGAAAAGGUAAAAUGGCGGCGGAGCAGGCGAAACAGGUGCUGCAGCAAUGUGAGGCGGCUCUCGGCGAUGUGCUCCCCGAGCUGGUCAGGCAGGACGAGCUGGAGCUGCCUGCGUCCGUGAAGGUGCCCUUCCUGAUGGACAGCCGGGAGAAACACAAGGUGCUGGUCCGCCAGCUCUGGGUGCUCGACUCCUUGCUCUCUCUGCUGGAGACGCUGGACACGUCCACCCUGUCAGAAGGCCGCAGCAGCGUGGACACAGGAACAGAGGAUCGUGACCAAUGGAAGGCCCUUAAAUCUCAGUACAAGGACGAGAUCCAGGAGGUGGAGUCCUUGAUCACUGUCUUCAAGGAGAAGGUAGACGAGGUCCUGGCCAGGAAGGAGGCGCUGUGCCAGCUGCUGCACACACUGGAGCAGAAGAAGGAGGAAUGCAAAGAAAAACAGCGAAUCAAAGCAGGAAAACAGCAGAAGGCCAGGGAGCGGGCCGAGAGGGUCUGCGCCCGGGUGCAGGAGCUGGAGGCGGCCCUGGAGCGCGGGAGGCACGGCCUGCAGCUCAGCGGGCAGCGCGUGUCCGAGCUGCAGGCCCAGCUGAGCGGCGCCCAGCAGAGUCUGGACACCUGGAGCCGCGCGCACAGCAGGCUGCAGCUGGAGUUGCAGCGACUGGACGGGCUGAGCGGCGUGCGCGUGCUGUCUGUGCGCGAGCGGGAGCUGCACGUGGAGCUCAAUCCCAGGCUGCUCUGCCCCUCCCUGGAUCUGCUGCCCUUAUCGCUCUCUCUGCGCUGGACCUCCGAUGACCUCUUCACUCUGCAGCUGUCCUCAGCAGGCAGGAGUCUGCUGGAGGACGUGUCGUCCCGGCGUCCCCUCCAAGACGCGAGGUCCGCUCUGCUGGAGGUGAUGCAGCUCUAUGUGGAGCAGGGCUCCCUCCUGGCCGAGAUACAGCGCCUGCACUCCAGAUUUGCGAUCGACUGGCGGCCUGCGGAGAGGAAGCUGGUGUUCCUGAAGACGGCUUCCAUCGUGUGCACGCUGUCUGUAGAAGAGGGGUACCCCACCAGUGGGCGGGUCCAGCUGGUGUCAGUCCAGGGGGGGGCCCAGUCUCUCAACAUCGCAGGACUACAGCCUCCCCUGGGGAAGCCUUCCCUGACUGAGUGGCUGGAGUUCCUCACUUGCUGUCCUGACCUCUGACCUGCCACAGCCAGGGGACUCCGUACUCUGUAAAUAUUCUCCUUUCUGCCUGAUUGUUUUUUGUUUUUCUUAUGUCUUUCAAAUAAAAUGAUCUUGCUACUUUACA